GAUUCGAAACCCUAAACCUACAACCUGCUACUUCUGCGAAAUCAAAAGCGAAUCAGGCUUUAAACUUGUAACCAUCGAAUCUGUCAAUCAAAUCUGUUGAUAUAUCCAUUCAAUGGAUGCCGAACCUAGAACUGGGCAUACGAACUGGAAGGUACCAGAAGUUAUACCCAAAGUCAUAGAUCUAGAGUCUAUGGAGAUCGAGGAUAAGAUUGAAGAAAAGAGUGGUGACUACCUGCCAAUGUAUAUCCACAUUGGUGGUAGUUUUAAACACGACCGCGAUGGUAACCUUAGAUAUGUUGAUGGGGAGUGUGAUACAUGGCAAGUGAAUUCGGAGUUGUUAACAGUUUGGGAGUUUUAUGAGAAAGUUAGAAUUGGUAGAUAUGAUGUUGAUCUAGUGGAAGGUAUUUAUUAUCUUGAACCAAGCAAAUCACUGGAUGAUGGUUUAAAGCAAAUUAUUGGAGACGACACAGUUAGGGAAGUGUUGGAUGUGAUGAAGGGACAUGGUGAAGUUCAUAUAUAUGUGGAUCACAUCCCCAACUUUGCUGAAAUAGUUCCUGUAUCUCCUGUUUUAAUGCUCCCAGCACCUGGUGAUCCUUUAAAACCUGAUGGUGGGGUUUGUAGUGAUGCUAGUGGUGGGGUUUGUAGUGAUGCUGGUGGUGGGGUUUUUAGUGAUGCUGGUGGGCUUUGUAGUGAUGCUGGUGAGAGUAGGAUCAAUGAGGAUGAGGCAUUUCAUGAGGUUGGUGAAAGGAGGGACAAUAACAGUGAUGAACAAGAUGGAAUAUUUAAUGAGGCUGGUAGUUCUAGGAGCACAAAACAUGAGGACCACUUUGUUGCUGGUAAUAGUGAUGUCCAGAAUGAUUGUUUUCCUCAACAACCUGAUAUAGAUAAUGUUGAAGAACCUAAGGAAAAUGAGUAUGAGCAUGGGCUUGAGGAUUUUCCUGAGUUGUCUGACAAUGAAGAUGAGGAGACUAUUCUAGCAAGGGAUAAUUUGAGGCAUUACAGUUCGACUCAACAGCAUACUGAUAAUAUAAACAUUGCUAUUCAAGGUGAGGAUGAUGCAGAAAUACACUCUGGUGAUGAAGUAAGUAACCAAACCACAAGUGAUGAAGAGGACAGUGAAGCAGAACAUGGUGUCAGAAGAAAAGCAAGGCAUCCUAUCUUUGAUGAAAGUGAAGGCAACCAGGAAAUUGAGCUUGGUAUGAUAUUUCUUAAUAAGAAACAAUUCAAGAAAGUUGUGGGUCAAUUGAGCAUCAGGGAAGGGAGAGAGAUUACAUGGAAAAAAAAUGAUAAGCUCCGGAUGAGGGCAGUGUGCAAGAAUGAGAAAUGUGAUUGGAAGAUUCUACUGGCGAUGGACACUCCUACAAAUUCUUGGAUGGUAAAAACUUUCUAUAAUAGUCACACAUGCUCGAGGACUGUUACAAAUAAAGUUUGCACAUCAUCUGUUGUUGUUGAUCAUCUGGUUAAGACAAGAGGAGUAUCUUCCUUGCAUAUGAAUAGAGGAGAUGUUUUUGAGGCAAUUCGGGAUGAUUUAGGUGUGGAGUUGACACCUGUGCAACACAAGAAGACAAAGGAUAAGUUGAAGAAGAAAUUUGAAAGUGUUUCUAAUGCUGAAUACAACAGGUUAUUUGAUUAUGCAAAUGAGCUUAGGUCAAAAGAUCCAGAAGCAAGCAUUGUGCUUCAAUGUUGUAGACAAUCAACAGAUACAACUCCUACAUUCUUAAGGAUGUACGUCUGUUUUAGUGUGUUGAAGAAGGGAUUUCUUGCUGGAUGCAGACGUGUAAUAGGAGUUGAUGGUGCAUUCCUCAAAGGUGCCUACAAAGGAGAGUUGCUGAUUGCUGUUGGACGGGAUGCAAACAAUCAAAUGUACCCGAUAGCUUGGGCUGUAGUGGAGGUUGAGAAAAGGGAGACAUGGGAAUGGUUUUUUGAAGAACUGAGGAAAGAUUUGCUCAUGGGUGAUGGAAGCAGGUUUUGCAUUAUGUCUGACCAAUAAAAGGGACUUGUUAAGGCUGUGGAGGAGCUCUUCCCAUGUGCUGAACACAGGUUCUGUGCUAGACAUAAGUACAACAAUUUUAGGAAGUAGCAUAAAGGCAAGGAGCUGCA